AUGGCGGACAGUAUAGCAGACUUUCUGCUCGCCUCCCCCCUCGUUCCCUUUUCUCGGCCCCCGUCUCCGCUGGAUAUCUACCCCAAGAUUCUGGACUUCCGCCCCGUUACCAUGGCAUCCUUCACCAUGACCCUUGCACGGUCCUGCCUCUGCCCACUGAUCGUUGGCCGUGGGAAUGACCAGGUUGCGAUCAGCUCCAAGUUCGAGACUCGAGAAGAUAUAGCUGUGAUCCGUAACUAUGGUAACCUGUUGCUGGAGAUGUCGUCCGUCGUGCCCGAUGGGAUUGUGGCUUUCUUUACCAGCUACCAGUACAUGGAGAACAUCGUGGCAUCCUGGUAUGAGCAGGGGAUCUUGGAGAACAUCCAGAGAAACAAGCUGAUCUUCAUCGAGACCCAGGAUGCUGCAGAGACCAGCAUGGCACUGGAGAAAUACCAGGAGGCCUGUGAAAACGGUCGGGGUGCAAUCCUGCUGUCUGUGGCCAGAGGCAAGGUGUCAGAGGGGAUUGAUUUCGUUCAUCACUUCGGCCGGGCGGUCAUCAUGUUCGGAGUCCCCUACGUGUACACACAGAGCCGCCUGCUCAAGGCUCGUCUGGAGUACCUACGGGAUCAGUUCCAGAUCAGAGAGAACGACUUCCUGACCUUCGACGCCAUGAGACACGCAGCCCAGUGUGUGGGGAGGGUGAUCCGGGGCAAGACUGACUAUGGGCUCAUGAUCUUCGCAGACAAGCGUUACGCUCGUGCUGACAAGAGAGGGAAGCUUCCUCGCUGGAUCCAGGAGCACAUCACUGACAGCAGCCUGAACCUGACCAUCGACGAGACAGUGCAGCUCUCCAAGCACUUCCUGAGAGACAUGGCUCAGCCCUUCCGCAAGGAGGAUCAGCUGGGUCUGUCUCUGCUCACUCUGGACCAGCUUCAGUCUGAGGAGAUGGUAAAGAAGAUCGCCCAGAUCGCACACCAGAUAUAAUAACACAGUCUCUACACAAUACAGUACAAUCUACACAACACAAUACAGUCUACACAAUACAACACAAUCUACACAACACACAAUACACAGAAAGUGCUCGGCCCACAGUCACUCAAGCACACUUGUUUGUAUUUAAUGUGUUUAUAUUUGAUGGUAAAGUGAAAUAAUAAAAGAAGCUUUUUCAUA